AUGGAUACCUUCAGAACUUGUACCCCACCCACACCUACUGGCGCGUUUAUAACCAUCCGCCUUAAAACGAACCCGAGAAACGGACUCCAGUGCGCUCGCCUUUACAACCACGACAUAUCCCUCCUAACCACCUCUGUCUUCUUCCAACAAGCAACUCUAAGCGCACCACAACCACCAUUUGCCGUUUUCACAUUCCCAGAUCCGGAGGUAUUCGAGAUUUACUUGUCCUGGACUCGAGAUCGGAUUGUUAGGAAUAGAGUGAAGGAUGGGAAUCGGAAUGCUAAAAUUCCCGCUGUCGCUGUGCAGGGCUCUAGUUCUGGCUCUGCGGAGGAGGCAGAGGCAGCGAGAGAGGGAACAGUAAGAAGAAGAGGUGUAGUGGAAAAAGUGGGGUACUCAACCCUCCUCAGUCUAUGGGUGCUAGGCCAUAAACUCCAGGACACGGAGUUUAUGGACACAGUCAUGUCCUUCCUAUCCGAGAACUUGAAUCGAAUUCUCCUAGACCCAGACCCAGACAGCACUAGUACGCCGACCCAGUUUCUAGAGGUCCUAACGCCUGCAAAAGUAAAGUUUGUCUGGGAUAACACUACAAAGGACUCGAUGAUCAGAACAUUUGUUCUAGAAACUACAGCACAGUUUGCUAGUUUCAACUUAGUCAAGGGAUUUUUAGCCAAACCUGAGACUGGACAUAGCGGCCGAGGAACGUACGCCAAUAUCAAGAAUUUCCAGGCGGAGCUAGAGACGGUAUUGCAGUUUGCAAUGCCGAGGUUUCUGGUUCCUGAAGGGGUUCGGGGUGUGCAUCCCAAGUUACUGAGGAUUUUAUUGCCACCGCCACCGUAUGUAGUAGAGCUAGUUGGCGGGGUGGAUGUGGGGUGGUGUUGUAGGAUGGUGCAGGUGGAUACGCUGACGGGAAAGGAGAUGCAGGAUUUGGCGAGGAGGAUGAUUGAAGGGAUGGGGGCGGGAGGAAAGGGAAGGAAUUGUAGGUAUCAUGAGCAUGGGAGGGUUGGCAUUUACGCGGAUAAUGUAACCUGGUUUCCCCUCAGCUCGGUCCAGAAAGCGGUCAUUGAGAACACUACUAAUUUCACGUGA